AUGAGUUGUGUACAGCGUACUCUUAAUAACCAUGCAUGCAUGCAGUCAGCUGCUACUCUCAAGGUAGCAGACAACAGAUGCUAUGCAUACGUUGACAUGAGAGAAGAAUACUUCACAUUGAGAAAACGAAAAUUUAAAUCUGCAUGUGGAAAAUGUGAAGGCAGGGAAGAAAGAAAGUAA